ACUUUUUUAUUUCCUACCCUCAAAAAAAUGAAUAGACUUGCUGCUAAAGCUCUUCAAACACCUCGUCGUGGUACUGGUAUUCUUUCCCGUCUUUAUUCUAGCCACAAGGAAAUUCGAUUUGGUGUCGAAGGUCGCGCUGGUCUUUUGCGCGGUGUCGAUAUUCUUGCUAAGGCCGUGGCUGUCACUUUGGGUCCCAAAGGUCGUAACGUGCUUAUUGAGCAACCUUAUGGUUCUCCCAAGAUUACCAAGGAUGGUGUCACUGUUGCCAAGUCCAUUGUUUUAGAAGACAAGUUUGAAAACUUGGGUGCCAGACUUGUGCAAGAUGUUGCUAGCAAGACAAACGAUAUUGCUGGUGAUGGUACUACCACCGCUACUGUUUUAGCUCGUGCUAUUUUCACCGAAGGUGUAAAGAAUGUUGCUGCCGGUUGUAAUCCUUUGGAUCUUCGUCGUGGUACUCAACUCGCCGUCGAUCAUGUUCUUGAAUUCUUGAAGACCAACAGUCGCGUUGUCACCACCUCUGCCGAAAUUGCUCAGGUUGCUACUAUCUCUGCUAACGGUGAUAAGCACGUUGGUGCCAUGAUUGCUCAAGCCAUGGAACGUGUUGGUAAAGAAGGUGUGAUUACUGUCAAGGCUGGUAAGACCAUUGAUGAUGAAUUAGAAGUCACUGAAGGUAUGCGCUUUGACCGUGGUUUCAUCUCCCCUUAUUUCAUCACCGACACCAAGACCCAAAAGGUUGAAUUUGAAAAGCCCUUGAUUUUGUUGUCUGAAAAGAAGAUUUCUCAAUUGCAAGAUAUUUUGCCUGCCCUUGAGGCUUCUGCUACCCAACGUCGUCCUCUCUUGAUUGUUGCUGAGGAUUUGGAUGGUGAGGCACUUGCUGCCUGUAUCUUAAACAAGCUCCGUGGUCAAAUCCAAGUAGCUGCUGUCAAGGCUCCUGGUUUCGGUGACAACAGAAAGUCCAUCUUGGGUGAUCUUGGUGUCCUGACUCAUUCUACUGUGUUCUCUGAUGAACUUGAUAUCAAGUUGGAUAAGGCUGAGCCUGAACUCUUUGGUACCACUGGUUCUGUUACCAUUACCAAGGAAGAUACUGUCUUUUUGAACGGUGCUGGAUCCAAGGAUGCCAUUACCCAACGUUGUGAACAAAUCCGUGGUGCUAUUGAAGAUGCCUCCACUUCCGAUUAUGAAAAGGAGAAGCUUCAAGAACGUCUUGCUAAGCUCUCUGGUGGUGUUGCCGUUAUCCGUGUGGGUGGAUCCUCUGAGGUCGAAGUGGGUGAGAAGAAGGAUCGUUUCGAUGAUGCUCUUUGUGCUACCCGUGCUGCUGUAGAAGAAGGCAUUGUCCCUGGUGGAGGUGUUGCCCUUUUGAAGGCCGCCAAUUCCUUGAACAGCUUGAAGGGAGCCAACUUUGAUCAACAAUUGGGUAUUACUAUUAUUCGUCAAGCCAUCCAACGUCCCUGUAGAACCAUUGUAGAUAAUGCUGGUGGUGAAGGAUCUGUGGUUGCAGGCAAGAUUUUGGAAGAUAAGUCUGGUAAUAUGAACUUUGGUUAUGAUGCUGCUACCAAUGAAUAUGUCGAUAUGAUUGAACGUGGUAUUAUUGAUCCUACCAAGGUUGUUCGUACUGCUCUUGUGGAUGCCUCUGGUGUUGCUUCUCUUUUGACCACAACUGAGUGUAUGAUUGUGGAUGCUCCUCAAAAGGACGGACCUGGUGGUAUGCCCAACAUGGGUAUGCCCGGUAUGGGUGGUAUGGGAAUGUAAAUAAAUAUCAAGCAACCCCAACUCUACCCCCCUCACAUUUGUAUAAAAUAAAAAAAUCCACACUGUAAUAACACUCUUUAAUGAAAAAAAAAAAAAAAGUUACACAAGCAAAUUUACCCCCCCCCAUCUCUCAC